CGUCUGCAGGUAAUUUGAAUCCAUUUUACUGUACGAAUUUUGGCUGGUGAUAAUUACUUUUCCAACAGUGGUCCCGUUUUAGAGACUAUAUAUAUCACGAUUAUGGAAAGAGUAUCUCACAUUCUCACAUUAUGGAAGGAACUUCUCGAACACUUCCUUACACCAUAAGAUUCGUUGGUCUACUUGGUAGCCAUUCUCUUGGUAUAAAUCCAAAGUUUAUGACUACUGCGGUAGAUUUCGGAAGGGAAUUGAUGAGGCGAAAGAUUAAACUUGCCUAUGGAGGAGGUAGUGUUGGCCUUCAAGGAGCUGUUGCUUCAACAGUCUUUACCAAUGGUGGUCUCGUUAGAAGUUUCAUUCUUGGGUACAUAGCAACACGACGGGUCUAUGGACCUACGUACGGUGUAGAGCACACAGUUUCUAGUAAUUACUACAAAUAUUUUGAGAUGAAUCAUGCCGUGGAAGCUUUCAUUGUUCUUCCCGGAGGAGUUGACACUAUGGAAGGUUUGUUUACUUUGAUCUCGUGGGCUUCUAAAGGGUUACACAAUAGGCCCAUUGGUCUCUUGAACAUUGACGGUUAUUUGAAUAACCUAAUCAAAUUUCUAGACGAUACGUUGAGGCAGAACUUCAUGUCUUUGAGUCAGAGGAAACUUUUCGUUUCUUCUUUCUUUGUUGAUGAGCUUUUAGACAAACUAGAGUUUGCUAAAGCUUUCCCGGGUCCAGGGGUUAUUUACGAUGAGUUUGUGAAUCCUGAAAGACUAGACUUAGAAUUGCAUCUGUAAGUUUCCUCUUGUAAUCCAAGUUCUAUCUUGUGUUGCAAUGAUAUUAUCGAUAAAUAUUCUCCUAGGCUACAUUUGAAAAUGACAAUUACUUAUAAAUAUUAAAUUUACAGACUCUGGAUCGCGACCCAUUUAAAAAAAUAUUUUCAGAGUAAUGCGGAAGUACAAUAAUAAUCAAAUCAUGACACAUUGAAAAAAUCUGAUGAUCAACAUUUGCCUGCCAUCCUUGCAUCUCCUCUGACUCAAUGCCCUCCGGGAAAGGUUCCAUCAUUGUCUUCUUGUUACCUACGUGUAGUCAACGAAAAAAUACAAACUACACGCUCAGCGAAACCGCUGAGUGAAUAAAUCAAUUUGCUUGUGAGGAUGAUUACAUGAUACUCAUAUAAUCCAUAUAUACUUGUUCUUGAUGAUGAUUACAUGACAUCUAUGUAAUUGAUGUACUUGAUGAUGAUAACAUGAUGCGUAAUUGAUGUCACACAUAGUCAUGAUGAUUUUACUUGAUGAUGACUUCAUGCUGUAUGAUUCUAAGUCGCAAGGACGAGCCUUGAACUAUGAGAUUCGCCCAUUUGGUACGACGAACUCACGCAGAAAUAGGGGUGGUACUCGAAAAUCUAAGUACCAUGUACGUACACUAAGCCCGGUCCGUGAUGUCGGACUGCUAAGUCCCGCACAAUCACAACUACAAGAGACGCACUUCAGCCUGAUCUCUUGCGCAUGCACAUGAUGUGAUAUGUUUCAAUAUGAAUGAUGAAAUGAAUCACAUGAUAUGAACAAUUUGUAAACAACAUGAUUGGAUAAAUAUACUUUAUUUUAUUUGGAUGUAAUCUGAUAAAAAUAUCAUUUAAUUAAGCUACGGGGCUCGGAACGGUCGACCGUUUGGCGCGACGGUCGACCGCGAAAUUCAUCGCGUCGAGUUUGGAGAAUCACCGUGACGGUUGACCGCGGUUGACCGGCGGUCGACCGUUGUUGACUGGAGGAAAAACGGCGGUCUUGACUGG